CUCGGCAGCGGCGCCGAGGGGCCCGAGGCUCGCCGUGCUGCUCCCUAGAUUCCGACAAAGCCCCACUUGGCUGAUCUUGGACCUGGAAUUUCAACCUGAAGGCAGCGCAGAGACCCGUAGUAAGAUGCUGGAGAGGGGCCUUCGAGGGGGUCCUAUUGGAAGGCGUCAAGACGGAAGCAUCCAGUUUUAUCAGAAAUUGGAACAGAGCUCUUCUCUAAGAGAAACUGGCAUGGCCACAAAAACACCCAGGUCAGGGAGCAGUGGGAAAGCAAAAAUUGGCCGGGUGUCUGCAAUUGUGGGUCCCCAGGCGAGACAAGGCUCGGGCCCAGGGCGCAAAGUGGUGACCCGGCCCCGGGGCGGGAGAAGACAGUGCAUCCUCUUCGACCUUGGACUCGGGUCUGCAGUGUUUUUAGCUCCUCUCAGUUCCCCAGAGGCAAACACCGGAGAGGGUUUCUCCAGGCUGCCCUCUCCCGGAGCGGGGUGCGGGGGGUAUUUUGAAGACAAAAAUGUAAAAUUCGCACCUUCUAAGUUCGUCCCCCUGUGGUCCCUUGUUUUUUCGCCCAGGGGAUCACACUGGGAUUCACAGUGAGGAGAACCCCGGGGGCAGAGAUGGGUGGGGCCUAGAAAUCCUCUGAAUCCGGGUGCGGCGCGUUUUGUUUAAAAUAAAGACAAAUGUUGCUCUAACCGUUUCUAACCCAAAGCGUGUCAAGGAACGCGAAAUCCGCAAGUGGCCGAAUAUUUAUAAUGUGGAAAUGUGGGUCUCCCCUGGGAGAGGACGCGGUUCAGCCUCUGGGCUUGGGCCACAGACUUCCGCAGCCUUGCAUCUCCCGACCUAGGACCCUACUGGGUCCCUGGGGACUCCUGGGACCCACCCUCUCCUGGGUUGCCGAGUCCCACGGUUGGCAGCCACCCCUCCUCCCGGCCCGUCUUCCUGAACUCGCGCUCGGCGGAGAGCGCGAGCCGGACGGGGGUGCCAGUGCGGCUGCCUUCGCGCCCCACCCCCGCCACCGCCUCCCGGUCUCCGCACCCGAGCGGGCGUCUGGCCACGCUGUCCGCCCCGGCCUCCCGCGGCACUCCACGGAUGCCCCCGCGUCCCGGACGCCGCGCCCCUACCCACCGGAUUGCCUUCGGGGCUGUGUCGUCGGCGUGGCGCUGUGAGCCGGGCCCCCAAGAGCCCCCAGGCCCGCCACAUGGACUCUACUAGCAGCUACGUAGCCCUGCGGGUCGGAGAUGCUCAGCGGAGGAGGAAGUACAGAGAAAAAAGAAGAGGAAGGGGAAAAAAAAAUGCUAACAUACACACACGCACUCGAAACCGACUUUGGGGUUGGACUUUUUCAGUUUCACACGAAGAGACCUGCGGUAUCUGGAGAAGGUUUUUGAAGACGUUUAGGAGGAAGGGUGAGUUUUCUGCUGAGAAACUCAAUCUGCCAUACAGUAGCGGCCCCAUCUGGGAUGUGUCACUGCUGACAGCACCACAGGGCACAGCCGUGAUCUUCUGCGCAGGCUGCACUCCCCGAAAUACCCUCCUUAAUCAAAGGAUGUCUGCGCGCCGGAGCUCAGCUGACCGCGCCGGGAGCAGAGCGGCCGGUGGAUUCCACCCUCGGCCCGCCCCCUCCCCACGCACACAGGCCGCGGCCCCUCUCCCCUCUCCCCAGCACAUCAAUUAAAAGCGGAAAAGACACAGGCUGAUGUCAUUGCUCUCAGAAGAUCAUAAACGUAAAAGAGUCAUCCUGUGAGAAUCCCUGAAAAUGACUUUAAUGAAUAAUUUCAGAGACAGUUAUGACUUUGGGUGAUUACUGAGCGAGAAUAUGAAAACCAGAUUUACAAAGCAAAGGCGAUGGUCAGGCGGCCUGGCCGCCACUUUCCCCCUAUUAAAACAAGCAUCAGCCUGCUUUCUUUGCCAAGUACCAGUCACAAACUUAGGUUGCGUUUUCAGGUUUUUCUUUUUCAGAAAUAAAUGCAGAAAACAUG